AAAGGCGGAAGCUCCAAUGUUGAAGGUUUGCUAGAUGAUUCACAAAUUUUAAUUGCUUAUCUAAUCUAAUGCACAUGAGCUCAUCUAAAUACAUUGAUCCUUUGACUAUUGAGACUGACUUAUAAUUUAUCACCAAUUCUUACUCCGGUCUCAUCAAUCUUCAUAAUUUAUCACAUACCUACGUAGAUGACCAAACAACGAGAGAUAUAAGAGCAACAAGAGCGUCAUGUCGAUAUCCAGGGUCCCCGGACCUGAUAAUCUUUACGUUGGAGGAGCUUGGGUCCUGAACACCGAGUCGGGCCGCAACAAACUUCGGGAACAGAACGUUACUCACAUUCUCUCUGUCAUUAAAUUCACCCUGGAAAAAUGGGGCGAAGAGGUACAGCGCUACAAGCACUUGAGUAUCGACGUCCUCGACGAUGCGGAUGAGGAUCUACUGGUUUACUUCCCGUCUGCGGUGCGCUUUAUCGAUAGUGGUCUGCAUACCCCGUCGUCCAGCGGCGCAGGCACAGAGGCGAAGCAGCCCAAGACCGGAGACGGAGAUAAUGAUGAUAAAUUGUCCGGAGGCGUCUAUGUACACUGUGCCAUGGGUAUAUCACGUUCCGUCAGCUGCGUGAUUGCUUAUAUUCUUUACAAGUAUCCUCACCGCUUCGGAGGCAAACAGUCCAAUCCUUCAAGUGCCUCGGCGGCUCAGCGGCGGCAAAACUCGAAGGAAGCCGUACAGGGCGCUUUGGAAUUGGUCCGCCAGGCUCGCGGGGCUGCUGAGCCUAACUCUGGCUUCAUACGCCAGCUCGAAUUGUGGUGGGAGAUGGGGUGUCCCGCUGGCGACGAUAAUUCUGUGGAGCAACAUCCCGUCUAUCAGAAAUGGUUAUACGAAAGAAUGCUCAGUGAUUCCCGGGACGUACAUGAGGCGCCUAAGGCUGAAGACAUCCGGUUCGAGGAUGAACUAGAGCCAGGCAAGGCAAUCCCCGAAACCGAGGCAGACAAGAAAGAUGGCAGGGAGAUUCGUUGUAAGAAGUGUAGACGCAUCCUUGCGACGCCCAAGUUUGUCGUACCACAUGCUCCUACCGGCCGAACCGAACCCUCAAAUUGUGCUCACGUCUUUGUCGAGACACUUUCCUGGAUGAGACCGAUGCUAGAGGAUGGCGCUCUCGAGGGUCGUUUAUCUUGCCCAAACGCCAGAUGCGGUGCUACAGUCGGGCGGUUCGCAUGGCAAGGUCUAAAAUGUAGCUGUAGCGAGUGGAUAGUUCCGGCAUUCUCGCUUAACCGGAGCCGGGUAGAUGAGGUGGCACUCCGGCAUACAGAAGCCCCUGGAAUCCGGCUCCCUCCCGGCCGAAACGGUAAUCUGUGAUACAACCUUGAGGUCCGAUUUAGCGGAAGCCUUGAGCCUUAUUCAUUUAUUAGUCAUCGACUUCGUAUUCACAAGUAUUACUAUCCCUAUAUUCAUCAAGGCGAAAUACGCCGUUGAGCACGAGCCAACACACGCUGACGUUCAGCAACACACUCCCCCUCCAGUUCCUUUGACAAAGUAUCUUACCUAACCCGCCGCUAAGGGCUCAAGGAUCAAGCCGUAGCAGGGGCUAAAGUGCUUUGUCAAACACAAAUUUCUCUCGGUUCACGCCUCCCCUUCAGCUGCUGUGCCGGAAAACAUUUCGCAAAAUGUACCCCAAUC